AUGGCGUCGCAAGCAGUGUGCCUAUCACGAGCAUCCGUGCCGUCCGUCUGUCUAUCAGGGACCGGCUCGUCUUCGUUCUGUAGAUCGGACAGGGCGACGCUGAUGCGAAUCAACGGCUUGGAUGUGACCGCCGGCUCGACCGCUAGAGUGAUCGCAUCGCAAUCCCGCCCCGGCGGCAGGGCGAGCAUGAAGAAGGCUCAAGGGGCUGUGGUGUUCCGAACGGACGACCCUCUAGCUGGCCGCGACUACCGCCCGCCCAUGCCCGGUGACAACCCCGACUUCUGGGAAGGUUCCCAGUGGGACCUGCUGGGGUUCUUGGCGGAGUACCUGUGGGUGUUCGGCAUCGUGCUGGCGGUCGUUUCAUCAAUCUAUGCCGUGACGAGCUACAAUACAGAGGAGGAAGUGGUGGUAACAGCAGACUCCGCCGUGACUGUGGAGUCAUCUGCACCGUCAGAAGCCGAUCAGCUGUUUGAGCCGUUCGUUGACGAUGCCCCUCCCCUGUAG